CGUUGUUUUCAACAUGUGCACAGUUUUUAAACUAGUUACAUUCCUUCUGUUCUUAGGUAUAGUUUUAUGUUUAUCGACAGCUAAACAUGUCGAUAAAAGUCAUUCCACCGUUCUACGUGAAAAUGUACGAGAAAAUUCCGAUACAUUUAUAUUAUUGAAUCCCAAACAAGUGCACAGUUUAGAAAGAACUGUCCGACGUUUCUUCUCGAAAAUGGCUGAACCGAUAGAGAAACCAAUUGUAUUGAGAUCUAGAUCGCCUAACGCGAACGAUUUGCAAUUGACAAUUAGGGUAAUAUGCGACAGCGUGAGAAAGAGACUCGUGCAAUUUGUCGAAGAUUGUGGAUUAAUUCGUUCUGUGAAAGUGUACGAAGAAGGUUUGAGCAAUGUUCCGCUGUCUGAAGAUUGGUACUCUGAAAUAUUAUUGCAAAGUGCAUAUUUGAUACGCGAUUUGGGAAAUAUAUUCAACGAAAUUGGCUGGUCGAUCGAUACAUACUUUGGCGAAGGGAAUGCAACGUCGAGGAGAAGCAAGGAAUUAGCAAAUCAAGCCGACAGUUUCAAAUUUCUCGGCGUCGUGCACGACGCAGCAGAGUUCAGUGAAAAACUAGCUCAAUGCCUGCUUAAAAUGGCGAACACGAGGAACCGUAAAUCGUCUUUCGACCUGAAUCGAGCAAUUCUAAAUUUAACCAAUCAUCCGCCAAAAAUCGUGUUGAAAAAUUUCAAAUCCAGCAUAAACAGCGUUUCGUACAAUCACGCGCGGAAGAAUCGCUCGAGACAGAAACCCUGGCACGUUUUUCUUUGUCUGUCGAUGAUAAAGAACGGGGGGAUUAAUUAUGAUGAUUGUAUUCGCGAGUUGCUACAUCUCGACGUGUGCUUAAGUAGCAUACAGCAACGAUCGAUUAAUACAAGGAAUAAUAUCGACGUGAAAUCGUGGACGAAAGCGAUUCAACGUCUGAGUGACUGCAAGAUUCAGUCAGAUAAGCACGGAGAGGCGAUGGUCUCUUGCAAAACUGCUCGAAGAAUGCCCAGAGAGAUUAAACAGAAGAUGAAGUACGUAUUCGAGAGGAUGUUGGAUAGGCAAAUAUCGAGAACGUCUCCUUUUCAUCGAGCUGCAGAUGAUCUUGGCGACACUUUGUCGAAAACUGAGUGGGGACAGAGAUUCGUCGACGAAUUGUGCCAGUAUGUUGGUAUCUACGAGGAUGGUCAGAGAAAAUUGCAGAGAUUCUCGAAAGAUAAGAGGACUGCAGUGAGACGAAGGGAAGUCUCGAAAGCCUUAGAAACGUACAAAAAGGGAGUACUUCUGCGGACAUUCGGAGCAAUUAACAAAAUGCACGAAUCUGCUGUCGAUUACGAAAAAUUCUUCGCGCAAGGAUUCAAAGACACUCUGAACGAAGCUUGGCAGAGCCACGUGAGGAUUUUAUCGCGCCUAAUGGACUGGAUGACCAAACUACUGGAGCUUCACACUGGUGAAGAUCACAGUGGAAAGGGGCAGAGCUUGUCAGACACGAGCGCGUCGCAAGGGGAGUGGAAUGGCAACGAAGAAUCGAACCCCGAAGAUUCUCAAGAGUUUCCCUUGUCUCGUUCAAAGCCAGAAAUGAUGAAAGAUGUGGAUAAUUCUAUGAAUUCUUUAAUGCAAUCGAUGAAUGCUCUGAGCAGACACAGAAGCGCGAACAACAACAGUAUGCUAUCUUGCAUAGCUAAUAAUCUUCUAUUGGUCACAAUAUUCAUGGAAACGAUUGGCUUCGUUUCUUCGUUGUACUGCUUUGGACAAACCNUUUCCGAAUAUUCGAAUAUUGAAAUUUACAAAGGAUUUCUUCAACAGCCAAAAAUUAACAACGUUCUAACGGGUGUCUACGUUCGUCAUACACCAUACGAAAGUUGCGUAAACGAAACUCCAGAGUACAAAGCACUCGUUAAAAAAGAAUACCAUCUCUGUUACGGAGCAUACGGAAAAGAUUCUUGUUACGGUGACUCAGGAGGGCCAUUGGCAAAUAAAAACACUAUUUACGGUGUGGUAUCUUUCGGUCUAAAUUGUGCUGUAGUGUCAGGAGUGUAUGAAAAAAUUUCCUACUAUCGAGGCUGGAUUAAACAAGUUACAAACUUGUAA